UUCUGCCAAAUGGGCCCUCCGGUAGCUGAGCGUCGCAGAAGUGUUCCGCGCGUGCGAGUGCCGGGAGCCACGUGGGGCCCAGGCGCGUUUCCGGUGCCGGCAGCAGCAGGCGGAGUUGAAGCUUAAGCAGCUGGAAGGGACCAUGGCCAACAGUGAGCGCACCUUUAUUGCCAUCAAGCCUGAUGGGGUCCAGCGCAGCCUUGUGGGAGUGAUCAUCAAGCGUUUUGAGCAGAAGGGGUUCCGCCUUGUUGCUAUGAAAUUGAUGCACGCUUCUGAAGACCUCCUGAAGCAACACUACAUUGACCUGAAGGACCGUCCAUUCUUUGCCGGCCUGGUGAAAUACAUGCACGCAGGGCCAGUGGUUGCCAUGGUCUGGGAAGGGCUGAACGUUGUGAAGACAGGCCGAGUGAUGCUCGGAGAGACCAAUCCUGCAGACUCCAAGCCUGGGACCAUCCGUGGGGACUUUUGCAUCCAAGUUGGCAGGAACAUUAUCCAUGGCAGUGAUUCUGUGGAGAGUGCGGAGAAGGAGAUUGGCUUGUGGUUUCGCCCCGAGGAGCUGGUAGAUUACAGGAGCUGUGCGCAGAGCUGGAUCUAUGAGUGACACGGAGGCUUCCCACCGCGCAUUUCCUGCUCCCUGUCCUCCAUUCCCAGAGACAGGGAGGGACAGGGACAGGAUACAACAAGUUUAGUUAUUUCUGAGAACUUCCUCAUAACCUGGAGGGCAACUUUUGGAGCUGUGAGUGCUCCCUGUACAGUGUUAUGUGCUACCAUCAGAUUAAAAUGUUUCAUCCCAACAUAGGA